AGAGAGGUGGAAAAACCCCAUUUCUGUGGGUUUAAGAAGGGGUGCGAAAGCUGGGAAAAAAAAAAAAAAAAAAAAAAACUUUUCAGCUUCUUCUUCAUCUUUUGUCUCUCUAUCUAUCUCUCUGUGUAUCAAUGACGACGGAGAGUAUGAGGGUUCGGUUGGUGUUCGAAAACCGGAGCAUACUAAGCGAGUCACAGAGGUCGGAGGGACUGAAGCGAAGUUGGAUUCUCAUCAAACCAGAGCUUGAAGCCAUCUCCGACCUCAUCGAUUUCAUCCUUCGUGUUUUUGACCUCCACGACGCUUGCCCCAAUGGCCUCGUUCUCUCUAUGGAUGGCUUUGUAUUACCUCCUUUUGAGUCAAUUUGUAUUUUGAAGGAUAAAGAUAUUGUCCGAGUGAAAAGGAAACAGUCUGUGUCGGAUGAUAUUUUCACACUUCGUAAUGGAAAUAAGACUCUUGAGCUUGAAAGGAUACCAGAUAAUACACCCAUAAAGGCAGGCAUGAAGCUUUUGGCAAAUGAGGAAUUUGAAAAGGAGACUGGAGGUUAUCAAAGUGAAACUGAAGAGGAUAUACCUGAUCAGUUGGAAGAGACACUGCAUGCAGAUGGUACACCAGAUAAAAAGAAAGUUUCCAAGAAAAGGAAGGCAUCGAAGAUGCGACAGAGCUCAAAGAGGAAGAGAAGUAAAUUUUCUGCUGCUGAAGAAUCUUCUGAUGCUCCAGAAGAACCGAAUGGUAUUGAGGCAGAGCCAAACGAAAGCUUACAAAAUUGCAGUUCCCUUCCUGGAAAGAUUUCUGCCCAGAAGGACAAGUCAGCAGAGAGUGAAGCAGAUGAGUCAAGCAACCCAGAUGUUUAUGGCAAAAAGUGUGCAGUUUUAUCUAAUAUGCCUGAUGGUACUAAAAAGUUGGCUAGUAGAAGUGCUCGGCGUAAGAAGGCCAAAAGGCGAUGGUUAAGAGAAGAAGCUAAAAAAAAGGAGCUAGAGCAGAGGCAGAUACUUUUAACGGAUAAUCAACGUUCAUCUGUCAAAGAUAAUCACAAAUGUGAUGAAGAACAUCAACACCCAAACAGAUGUAAUGAUGAAGAUGAUGACAUUGUUCCUGUGGUAAUUAGGCCAGGACACAUUCGGUUUGAGCCCUUCAGUCAAGUAGAUUCUGAUCAGGCCAUCCAGGAACAUCAAACUUUGGUGUGGAAUGGAAUAACCAACAAGAAAAAGGGACAAAAAUGGGGCAAAGAGAAAUCUCCAUAUUCUAAAAGAAGUGACCGCAAAAAUCUGAAUGGAGAGUCUUCUGAAAUACCAACUAUUGAAGAAGAGGCUCUUGAAACUUUUCAGUGGAAUGGAAUAACCAACAAGCAAAAGGGACAAAAAUGGGGGAAAGAGAAAUCUCCAUAUGACAAAAGGAGUGACAACAAAAAUCUGAAUGGAGAGUCUUCUGGAAUGCCAACUAUUGAAGAAGAGGCUCCUGUAAAUGUUCCUAUAGACUUUGAUAAGCUUAAACCCUGUACCAGUUUGCCUAAGGUUGGUGAUCAAGUUGCUUAUCGUUUGAUUGAGCUAUCAUCAUCCUGGACUCCUGAGCUUUCCUCCUUCCGAGUUGGAACAGUUUCAUCAUAUGAUGCUGAAUCCAAUAGGAUUUCACUACUGAAAGUUCCAGAAUAUCCAAUUGUCUUUGAGGAGAUAGAUGAGUCGUCUGCAGUACAACCAUCCCUAUAUGGGGAAGAUGGAUCUCUAGAGAUAGACUAUUCAUCACUGGUUGAUGUCCGAAUUGUCAAACAUGGAAACUUGAACAGUCCAAAAGCGGUCACUGAUGGGGUUAGCGAAGUUACUGAAGGAGAUCAAACCUCUGCAUGGGGUCUUUGGCCCAAAAAGAAUGGGGAAACUCAAGCUCCAACACAAGAAAAUGGGAAAAAAAUUAGUGGUUGGGAUGAAAUUAGUGAGGCAUUAAAUGCCAAAAAAGCCCAACUUUCUCAAGUUGAUCAUUGGAACGAAACAGAGGGUUCAGGCAGGAGCCCAUGGUCUAACAGGGCCUUGAGAGGUAGCGCAUUGGGUCCAACAAUGGCUCGCUUGAGAUGUCAGAACGGAUUAUAAGGUGGUGAACACUGUUAUUACCAAAUCGUGAGUUUCUAUCAGUUUCUUGUCAAAUACAGCAAAGUGCACAGUCCACAGUUGAUGAACUUUUGGACAGAAAGUAAAUUAAUACUACUUUGGAGUAGCUUUCAAUUAGAUAAAAGGGCACUCCACAGUUUGUGAACAUUUUGACUGUAAGUAUAUGAAUGCUACUUUUGGUCCC